AUGUUACCCAUGGCCCAGUUUGGUGUGCUGUCGGCUCUGGCCACCGCGCUCACCUCGAUCCUGUCCGCGCUCUUGCUGCUGGUGCUGACCCGGCAGCUGUGGAGCAUCCGCUGGAGCCUGACCCGGGACAAAGAGAGCAGCCUGCCGCUGCCGAAGGGCUCCAUGGGCUGGCCGCUGGUCGGAGAGACUUUCCACUGGCUCUUCCAGGGUUCCAACUUCCACAUCUCGCGCAGAGAGCGUCAUGGCAACGUGUUUAAGACCCACCUCCUUGGGAAGCCCGUCAUCCGGGUGACGGGCGCAGAAAACAUCCGCAAGAUCCUGCUGGGAGAGCACAGUCUGGUGUGCACCCAGUGGCCCCAGAGCACCCGCAUCAUCCUGGGACCCAACACCCUGGUCAACUCCAUCGGAGAACUGCACAAGAGGAACAGAAAGAUCCUGGCUAAAGUGUUUAGCCGGGGGGCUCUGGAGUCCUACCUUCCCCGGCUGCAGGACGUCGUCAAGUCUGAAAUCGCCAAGUGGUGCUCGGAGCCGGGCGCCAUCGACGUCUACAGCGCGGCCAAGUCCCUGACGUUCCGUAUCGCCGUCAGGGUCCUGCUGGGUCUGCAGAUGGAGGAGGAGCGGAUAGUGUUUCUGGCCCAGAUCUUCGAGCAGCUGAUGAACAACCUCUUCUCGCUGCCCAUAGACGCCCCGCUCAGUGGGCUACGCAAGGGGAUAAAAGCCAGAGAAAUCCUGCAUGCCAACAUGGAGAAAAUCAUUGAGGAAAAGAUGGAGCGGCAGCAGGCGGAGGAAGAAUAUCACGACGCCUUCGACUACAUCCUGUCCAGUUCCAAGGAGCACGGCCAGCAGCUCAGCAUCCAGGAGCUCAAGGAAACAGCAGUGGAGCUGAUCUUCGCAGCUCACUCAACCACAGCCAGCGCCUCCACGUCUCUAAUUCUGCAGUUUCUCCGCCAUCCGGCGGUGGUGGAGAGGGCCAGAAUCGAGCUGGAGGCCGAGGGCCUCGGCUACGAGUCCCACUGCAGUCACAUCCCAUCUGGUGUCCCCGUGGAGAAAGAGGAGGACGCUGCGGACACAGAGACAAGCUGCCUGCUGAACGGAGGUUGUCAGAAUCACCAGAACCACAGGGAUGGCUUCCCGCAGUCGCAGUCUCAUAUGCCGUACCUGAGCCUGGACAAGCUGAGCCAGCUCCGCUACGUCGACUGUGUCGUCAAAGAGGUGCUCCGCUUCCUGCCGCCGGUUUCCGGUGGUUAUCGGACAGCCCUGCAGACGUUUGAACUAGACGGCUACCAGAUCCCAAAAGGCUGGAGUGUAAUGUACAGCAUCCGGGACACUCAUGAGACCGCCGCGGUCUUCCAGAGCCCGGAGCUGUUUGACCCGGAUCGGUUCGGCCCAGACCGGGAGGAGAGUCGGGCGGCUCGGUUCAGCUACGUGCCGUUCGGCGGCGGCGUGCGGAGCUGCGUCGGCAAAGAACUGGCAAAGGUGAUCCUAAAGACUCUGGCGGUGGAGCUGAUCGGGACUUGCAAAUGGACUCUGGCCACGGAGAACUUCCCCAAGAUGCAGACAGUGCCGAUAGUGCACCCGGUCAACGGCCUGCACGUGAAUUUCACCUACAACUACCCGCUUUAG